AUGCAUUGGUCUACUCUUACUUUCGUGGCGCUCCUAGCCCACCAGGGCUCUGCCCAAAACAUGCUGCGUUUCGCAUGCUCCCAACUGGUCGUCGACCGAGUCGACCCUAUUGUCAAUCCAGGACAAGCGUACACCCCUCACUUGCACCAGAUCGUCGGCGGCAACUCCUUCAACAUCUCCAUGGAUCCCGUCUCACAUGAUCUGGUUUCACAGUCGACCUGCACGUCGUGUUCAUUCAGAGAAGAUUUGUCAAACUACUGGACUGCGGUGAUGUUUUUCAAGGCUAAGAAUGGCACGUAUAAGCGUGUGCCGCAGGUAGGUAAUGGUGGACCGCAGGGGAAGUUGGUUAAUAAGGGAGGGCUGGAUAUCUAUUAUAUCCCGAGUGGGAAGACGACUGCGUUUAAGCCUGGGUUCCGUAUGAUUGCAGGCAAGGCAACAAAUACAGAUGAGUCCAAGGUUGCCAAGUCCAAUAUCUGCCAUCGAUGCUGGACUUCAACGAACGAGGAUAACUUUGUUGGUGGAGCUCCAUGCACUGGUACCGACACAGUCGGUAUCCCCAUGGACACCAAGUGCAAGAUGAUCCGACAGACCAUCAUCUUCCCAACGUGCUGGGAUGGCAAGAAUCUCGACAGUCCCGACCAUCAAUCGCACGUUGCUUACGGGCAGGGAUCCGGUGCCAAUGGAGGCGGAUCAUGCCCUUCGACUCACCCGACCAAGCUCCCACAGAUCAUGUACGAGUUGAUGUGGAACGUCACCGAAUUCAUGGCAGACAAAAGCCAGUUCCCAGCUGACGGAUCUAAUCCAUUCAUGUACAGCAUGAACUUGGGAGGCGCCGCCGCCCACGGUGACUACGUCUUCGGAUGGAAGGGGCAGACCCUCCAACUUGCCAUGGACAAGAACUGCAACCUUGACAAGGACUGUUCUGCUGCUGGCAUCACCAAGCAGUCGGCUGACAAGUACAAUGCGUGCAAUCUCCCACAAGCAGCACCUGAGCAGGUUGAUGGAUGGCUUAAGGCUCUGCCGAUGGGAGGGGCUGCUAUCAAGGCAUAG